GAUCUUCAACAUCUUUCUUGUAACUUUAUUAUAUCUUACCUACAUUCCUAUUUUUUUUUUAUUAGUAUACCAGAUGAAAACAUUUACAGUGGAGGAAGUGAAAGCCCAUAAUAGGCCGGAUGACUGUUGGAUCAUCGUGGACGGCAAGGUUUUUGACGUUACAAAAUUCUUGAAUGAUCAUCCUGGAGGAAAGAAAGUUCUUGUAAAGGUAGCAGGUACUGAUGCUACUAAGCAAUUCAAUACAUUUCAUAACGAAGCUAUUAUGCAACGUUCCGGGUUACCCUUACAAAUUGGUAUCAUUGAAACCGCUACAAAUAAGUCAAAGCAGGAAUUAAAAGUUCAGCAGAAUUCUUCCACGAGAAAGCAAACAGACGACGUCAAAACGACAGCUUCUACUACUAUAUUAAGCAAUAAAGAUACCAAAUUUGGCGAUGGUCUUCCUUACGGAGAUCCUACCUGGUAUCAAGGAUGGAACAGUCCUUAUUACAAUGAAUCUCAUGCCAAGCUUCGCAGAGUGAUACGUGCAUGGGUUGAUAAGGAAAUCGCACCCUUCUGUCAUGAAUGGAGUGAAAAUAAAGAAAUUCCUCGCAGCGUGCUGAAGCAAGCUGCUAAGGUUGGUUUCUUGGCUGCUGCCUCUGGUGCAGGUACGAAUUCUAAAAUGGCUUCUUUGCUGCCCUAUGGUUUGCCUGCUGGUAUCUCUUCUGAAGAAUUUGAUAUUUUCCACGAGUUCAUUUGUGUAGACGAACUGUCCCGAGCUGGUUCUGGCGGCCUUGUUUGGGCCUUACAAGGCGGUCUUUCCAUUGCUCUUCCUCCAGUUAUGAACUUUGCUAAUGAGGAAUUGAAGAAACGUAUUGUACCUGAAUGUUUAGCAGGCGAUAAAGUCAUUGCACUUUGUAUUACUGAGCCAAGCGCUGGCUCUGACGUUGCAAAUUUAGCUACCACAGCCAAAGAUACGGGAGACUUUUUCUUAUUAAACGGUGAAAAGAAAUGGAUCACUCAAGGCGCUUAUGCUGAUUAUUACGUCGUUGCCUGUAGAACAGGAUCGGAAGCUGAUGGCAUGGCUGGCAUCUCCUUAUUGUUGGUUGAACGCAGCUUUGAAGGUGUGAGUGCUCGACAAAUGGAUUGUCAAGGCAUGUGGGGCUCAGGAACCAGUUAUGUUGUUUUCGAAGAUGUAAAAGUGCCUAAAACUCACUUGAUUGGCAAAUUGAACGAAGGCUUCAAAUAUAUAAUGCACAACUUUAACCAUGAACGUCUUGGUAUCAUCAUGCAAGCGAGUCGUUUCUCUCGUGUCUGCAUUGAGGAAGCGCUCAAGUAUGCUUUAAAGCGAAAGACGUUUGGCCAGCGUUUAGUGGAUCAUGCUGUUCUUAGAAACAAGUUAGGUCAUAUGAUCCGGCAAUGUGAAGCCACUCAUUCCUGGCUUGAAAGUAUUUUGUUCCAGUGUAAGACACUUCCUGCUGAAACGCAAGCAAUGACAUUGGCUGGUCCUAUCGCCCUCUUGAAAGCACAAAGUACACAAACAUUCGAAUACUGUGCUAGAGAGGCUGCUCAAAUAUUUGGUGGUUUAGCUUAUACCCGCGGUGGUCAAGGGGAAAAGGUUGAGAGACUGUAUCGUGAAGUUCGUGCUUAUGCUAUCCCCGGUGGUUCGGAAGAAAUUAUGCUUGACCUUGGUGUUCGCCAAGCUGUAAAAAAAUGUGCCAAAUUAUAG